AUGGGAGACCACGGACCCAAACCACGAAAUUCCCUUCAAAGUGUCCGUGGGCUCUGUGGUUCUGUUGCACAUCUUGACAAGGAAAUUCCCUUCAAUGUGUCCGUGGGCUCUGUGGUUCUGCUGCAACAUUUUGACAAGCAAAUUCCCUGCAAGGUGUUUGUGGGCUCUGUGGUUCUGCUGCAACAUCUUGACAAGGAAAUGCCCUUCAAGGUGUCCGUAGGCUCUUUGGUUCUGUGGCAACAUCUUGACAAGGAAAUUCCCUUUAAGGUGUCCGUGGGCUCUGUGGUUCUGUUGCAACAUCUUGACAAGGAAAUUCCCUUCAAGGCCCUUUGGUUCUGUAAGGUGUCCGUAGGUUCUGUGGUUCUGCUGCAACAUCUUGACGAGAAAGAAAUUCCCUUCAAGGUGUCCGUGGGCUCCGUGGUUUUGUUGCAACAUCUUCACAAGAAGCUUCCCUUCAAUGUGUCCGUGGGCUCUGUGGUUCUAUUGCAACAUCAUCCUGACAAGGAAAUUCCCUUCAAGGUAUCCGUGGGUUCUGUGGUUCUGUUGCAAAAUCUGGACAAGGAAAUUCCGUUCAAGGAUUUUUCCUUCAUGGCCUCCCUGGGCUCUGUGGUUCUCUUGCAACAUCUUGACAAAGAAAUUCCUUUCAACGUGUCCAUGGGCUCUGUGGUUCUGUUACAAUAUCUUGACAAGGAAAUUCUCUUCAAAAUGUUCGCGGGCUCUGUGGUUCUGUUGCAAUAUCUUGACAAGAAAAUUCCCUUCAAGGUGUCUGUGGGCUUUGUAGUUCUAUUACAUCAUCUUGACAAGGAGAUUCCGUUCACGGUGUCCGUGGGCUCUGUGGUUCUGUUGCAACAUCUUUACAAAGUGAUUCCCUUCAAGGUGUCCGUGGGCCCUCUGGUUCUGUUGCAACAUCUUGACAAGGAAAUUCCCUUCAAGGUUUCCGUGGGCUCUGUGGCUCGGUUGCAACAUCUUGACAUGGACAUUCCCUUCAAGGUGUCCGUGGGCUCUGUGGUUCUGUUGCAGCAUCUUGACAACGAAAUUUCCUUCAUGGUGUCCGUGGGCUUUGUGGUUCUGUUGUAA